AUGAGUUUGAAUUUGGUUUUUGGGAGCUCAGGUCUGACUACUCUUGAUCAAGUGAAGAUGAAAACUCUAAAUUUGGGUACAUGGGACCUCCAAAUCCUAAAAAGAGGAGUAGCUUGUUACAUGGGUCGUGAGUGGGAGCUUAGUUUCCGUCUAGGUAUGCGACCUUGGAUUGCUGUUGCAUAUUCAGCUCCUGUUGCAGCUGCUACUGCUGUUUUCUUGAUCUACCCAAUCGGUCAAGGAAGCUAUUCUGAUGGUAUGCCUCUAGGAAUCUCUGGUACUUUCAACUUCAUGAUUGUAUUCCAGGCUGAGCACAACAUCCUUAUGCACCCAUUUCACAUGUUAGGCGUAGCUGGUGUAUUCGGCGGUUCCCUAUUUAGUGCUAUGCAUGGUUCUUUGGUAACCUAUAGUUUGAUCAGGGAAACCACAGAAAAUGAAUCUGCUAAUGAAGGUUACAGGUUCGGGCAAGAAGAAGAAACUUAUAAUAUCGUAGCCGCUCAUGGUUAUUUUGGCCGAUUAAUCUUCCAAUAUGCUAGUUUCAACAACUCUCGUUCUUUACACUUCUUCCUAGCUGCUUGGCCUGUAGAAUAUUCUUGUAAUAGAAUAGAAAAAUAA